GAAGUGGCAAACUUUUCUAAUCAAUAUAUAAUAUAUCAUAUUAAUUGUAAGCUGGUUCACCUCAGAAUAAUGACUACAAUUCUCACUGUUGUUGUUUUGAUAUUUGCAACACCACUGAUGAACGCUUACAACGCUUUCGAAAAACAUUCAUUAGAGACAAUCAUCAUACAGCGCCGUGAUUUGGUCAACAAAACUCUGUUCAACUUUACUGAUCCUGAAAACAAAACAGUAUUUGCGGAUUGGGUUGAGCAUUCAGAUAAUGUUGAAAAUGGAGGACGAUCGAAGGCCACACUCGUACCACUUAAUGGACAGAAUUACCAGUCAGCAAUAUUCUUCUAUUUACUCAAUCACCAAGCAAACGGACCGACCUUUGCAGGUGUCCACAAAAUACAUUAUAUUCGUGUUUUGCCAUUAUAUGACGGUGUGGAAAUUGAUCUACAUCGACGAGGUCUAAAUUCUACUUUUAAGUUGAUCUUCGAUGCUAACUGUUCAAAUACACUACAUUGUGACUCAUUCGAGUCGAAUUUCACGGUAAUUCGAUAUCAACUUUUGUAAAAUAAUUCAAUUUGUUUUAUAUGAAAUUCUAAUAGACGACUGAAGGACGACAACAAAUACAAUUACCAUUUAAUAAAUUGAAACAAAACUUUCGGGAAACACAGCGCUCUAAUUCAAAACAUUCCGUUUUAAAGCAAGUAUAUCGAUUCGGCAUUCAAGCGUAUACACACAUUAAUGGGUCGACGAAGGAAUAUGGUGCAGGUUCAAUCGAAAUAUACUACAUUAAAGUAUACAAAUUGAAACCAUAGCGACACUCAUACUAAAAAGCAAUUGAAAUGGUGAUCGUGAAGCUGAAUAAUGAAUUUUAGAAAUAUUUUCUUAUUUUGAUUGAGAAUUUCUGACAUUAACGCAGUAGAAUAUACUCAUCAUUUGGUCUUUUGUUUGCAA